GAGCGUCGCAACUCACAACAAAUUUGUUUCGUUCCAUUUUCAGUUACGUUCCCGAGUUCACAGCGAGCGGUCGUAUAAAAUAGAACUUCGAGCAGUUAUUUUAAUAUAUACUAUUUGCCAAGCACGAUGUCGAAGCCAGCUCUCUACUAUGCCACCUUGAGCCCUCCCUCACGCGCCGUUCUGUUGACGGCCAAGGCGAUUGGUCUUGAACUUGAACUGCGCCCAAUUAACCUACUGAAAGGUGAACAUCUGACGCCAGAAUUUGUGAAAAUGAAUCCGCAGCACACGAUUCCCACACUCAUCGAUGGCGAUGUCACUAUCACAGACUCGCACGCCAUUUGCGCCUAUUUGGUGGGCAAGUAUGGCGCCGACCAUGAGUCGCUCUAUCCCAAGGACCUGGUGAAGCGUGCCAAUGUCGAUGCUCGUCUGCACUUGGACUCGGGUCAUCUGUUUGCCCGUCUGCGUUUCCUGUACGAACCCAUUCUCUACCAUGGCUCAACGGAUUGUUCCAUCGAUAAGAUCGCUUACAUCCAGAAGUGCUAUGAAAUUUUGGAGGGUUUCCUCAAUGAGCAGACUUAUCUCUGCGGCAAUGAGCUGACCAUUGCUGACUUUUGUUGUAUAGCCACUGUGACAUCUGUCAAUGAUGUGGCGCCCAUCGAUGAGUUCAAGUUUCCCAAGGUGACUGCAUGGCUGAAGAAGGUGGCUGAGCUGCCCUACUACCAGGAUACCAACGGGGAAGGUGCCGAUGAACUGAAGGCGAUCUUUAAGACCAAGUUGGCUGAGAAUCGCUCCAAGUAGAAUCAGAGACGCACAGAGUAUUAGAGUAUUCAUUCUAUUCCAAAUAAUAUCUAACAAUACACACAAUUGAGCGGUGCUUGAAUAAAGUUUAGACUUACCAAACACAGAGUAGUUAUUUUUGUAUUUUUAUUUGAUUUGAUUUUGUAUCGAUUUACAUAUAUUGGAUCCUAAUUAUAUUAUGUCUUUAUUACAUACAAUGCA